AUGGCACGGCGUGCGCGGUGCUUUCGGCAUAAGGAGCGGUCCAGGGCAGCAAAGCAAGCUGCAGGUGACGCCCUGAAGAUUGCAGAUGUGGCGCACAGCCAGCUGAUGGCUGCGGACGACGACAUCGAUGCUGGCGCGGCUGGUCGCUCAGAGCACAAGCAACGUCACCUCUGCAACCAGAUGGGGAUAUCGCACGGCAACUUCCUCCAUCAGGGCUUGGGCACUUUGGCUCUUGGACAGGGGGUCCGUCAUCAGCGCAGCGACAAGGCGACUUUCCUCCUCUUCAAGCGGCUUCUGUCGCAGAAAUAUGACACGUAUUCGGUGGACGAGCUGCAGCAGCUCAUUGACAUCGCAAAUAAGCACAACGACACAGCCAACGUGGGUUUCUACAAGUCGGCCCUCGAGCGACGCCAAGCAAAAGAUCGUCCUGCACCUCCGAAGCCUCUUCAGCGACAGGUCAAUGAUGCGCAUCAGGCCCUCAAGAUCACUGAACGCAGGCUCGAGAAGGCACUGGGCGAGUUGGAUUCGGCACGCACAUGGGUCACAAAGAAGCACGAAGAUGUGGUCAAGCUCAAGGCAGAGUUGGCAGAGAAGGACCGCAUCCACACUGACCUCGCUGGCCAGCUACAUUCUACCGUGUGUAAGAAGCCCCAGCAGCAGGCCAACAGCACGGCGACGCAGAUCAAUGUACGCGACCUUCUCGAGGGGCGGUUGUCGGAGAUCAGCAUCGUUGGUGGCGACGAAUUGUUGGGCAUCCCGUCGGCAGAGUACGAUUUCAGUUCGGAAGAUAUCACUUUAUUGCAGGGCAAGCAGAAGGAGCUCCUGGCUGGAGCGCAGGAGCUGGCCAGCACGCUGCACGCCGACCUCAUCAAGAUUAUCGGCACGGCGAAGCAAGAGUACAGGGGGAACCUCUCGAGGCUCUCGCGCAAGAAGCGCAAGGUCGAGGACGGCGCCGCUCCUGGAGGAGGCGAAGGGGACGCGCUUGCCGCUGCUGGCGGCGGAGGCGCCCCAGGUGCUGCCGCGGCAGCAGCAGCCCAGGCAGCUCCGCAGGACGCCGCCGCGGCCGCCAACCUCCGUGAGCGCGCCGCCCGACUCGCGUGGAAGUCGGUGCUCGCCCAAGACCGCAGCCGCAAGCCCAGGCAGUCGGCACUCUACGCUCUCAGGUGGCUCGAGGGCAGGUUGAGGAUGUUCAUUCGAGUCAAAGAUCUUGUGAAGCUUAUUUUUGUUGGCGCCACUGGCUUCGGAGAGCUGUGGCAGGCUGCGGGCCACGAUGCCCCUGCUGCCGUGAGCGAGGCUCUCGGCACCUACUCUGCCACUGCCAGGGCCGAGGCUGCCGCUAUUGGGAAGGAGUUCGAGGCCCAGCAGGCCAUGCGUUUAUCUUUUGCUAGGAUCGGAUGGCAGAUGCCACCUUGGCACACCCUCGUCAACGAUUUCGAUGACGAGAUCCCGCUCACGACUACGUCGCCAGCUCUCGUGGCCGAUCUUUUGUUUGAGGGGGUCACCCGCUCGCACCAGAGGGCGGUGGGCGACAAGAUAGGGAGUGGGAGGAAGUGCUUUGACGUCGUGGCCUCAGAGUUGCGCCGCUCGGCUCACAAGCCGCGCGAUCGUGGAGUGAUCAGGGCGAUCGCCUGCGAUGGCGCUUGGACUAAGGACCGCGCCAUCGAGCGCGGGUACUUGCUUCAAUACAAUGUGUGCCAGCUUUGCGGCGCUGCUCCUGAUAGUUUGCUGCGUCGACUUUGGCAGUGCCCGAGCGUCUCCGAUCAGCGCCAAGGGGCCUGUGGCGCUGCCAUUGUGCAAGACGCCCUACGACACAUAAGUGACAUGUGCUCUGACUUCCCGGGCAAUGGUGACAGCGACGUGUUCGCUGAGGACGUGCGGAUUGAGACCAUGCUGCGGGAGGACGGGGGCGCUGCCAGCCCGCGGCGCACUGCCGACGAGCGGCGCGCUGCGCGGGAGUGGACGAGCGGCGCUCCGCGGACCGAGCUGUGCAGACGCUUCGCCGAGGAGCUCGCGGCGCGCCCGCGGGACCCCCUGGCUGCCGCGGAGGCGGCGCUCGGCGCCGUGGCUGGCUGCGGCCGAGGAAAGAUAUCCGGAAUCCUACAACCUCGCAGAGUACGCCAGCACGCCUCGUGCUGGCUGGAGGAGCAUCCCACCGCGGGGGGCCCGCCCCCCCGCGCGGACGGCUCCGAGGAGGGGGGUGUUGCGGCCGUCACGGACCCGAAGGACUCGAAGGAGAGCCAGGUCGGAGCACAGCCUCCCGUCCAGUCCGAUCUGCCAAAGAGGGCGUGCCGCCUCAGGAUCAUUGCGGUUAAUGACGUUUAUUUGUUGGACAACUUGCCAAGGCUCAGCACGCUGGUGGCGCAGGAGGCGAAUGGUAUGCCCAGACAGAACGUGGUUACGACGUUGGCGGGCGACUUCUUAGCUCCCUCGCUGCUGAGCUCAUUGGACUUUGGCAGCGGCAUGGUGACGUGCUUGAACCGGGUCCCUGUGGACUACGUCUGCUUCGGGAAUCACGAGCAGGACCUGCCC